AUGACACCCACCAUACAAUGGGAUACGGGCCAGCUGGAGUUCAAGACUCAGGAGCAGGACCGACCCCCUAGGAGACCCCCUGAAGCAGCAAGAACAGGGGACCUAACCAUGAGGAGACCAACCCUUCAUGGUAAUGAGUUUGUCUCAGCAGAGCGCAUACUACGAGCAGCUCUGGAAGAUGGACCCAUAGGGUUCAUGCUGUUAGAGGAGCCACCAUCAUCACUUCCGGCCUUUGGUUUUGUACCUACAGGCGCAGACAAAGGAGUCGAGAUGGAGGUGGAGGUAGAUAAGGUGGUGACGGCUGCAGACAUACCAAAGCCAUACCAACACCUGCGAGAUGUGUUUGAUGAGGUGGAAGCAGACAAGCUGCCCCAUCAUACCGAGCAUGAUCUCCACCUCGAGUUGAUAGAAGGAGGGAAGCCACCUCAAGGGCCCCUAUACCUUAAGGGACCCAAGGAGAUGUCCAAGUUGAGGAGAUACUUGGAUGAGAACCUCGAGAAGGGGUUCAUAAGACCAUCGAAGAGCCCGGCACGAUCACCAGUGCUCUUCGUACCAAAGAAGGAUGGAGGUCUCAGACUCUGUGUGGACUACAGAGGUCUCAACGAGAUCACUGUCAAGAACAGGGCACCAUUGCCCCUCAUCGAGGAGCAGCUGUUCUUACUCAGGAAGGCAAGGAUCUAUACCAAGCUAGACCUUAGAGCAGCAUACAACCUCAUCCGGAUUGCUAAAGGAGAUGAAUGGAAGACAGCUUUUGGCACUCAGUUGGGACUCUAUGAGUACCUAGUGAUGCCCUUUGGCCUAGCCAAUGCUCCGGCUCACUUCCAGUCAUUCAUCAAUGACAUCUUCCGAGACAUCAUUGGAGUAUAUGUAGUGGUAUACUUAGAUGACUUCCUGAUCUUCAGUGACACUGAAGAGGUACAUGUGAAGCAUGUCACCGAGGUCCUCACUCGCUUAAGGAGCAACAGGCUCUUUGCUAAGCUGUCGAAGUGUGAGUUCCACACCAAGACAGUCGAGUUCCUGGGGUACAUCAUCAAGCCAACGGGCAUAGAGAUGGACCCAGAAAAGGUGCGCACUGUCAAGGAGUGGCCAAUGCCAGAGUCAAUCCAUGACAUCCAGAGGUUCCUGGGUUUUGCCAACUUCUAUCGAAGGUUCAUAGCCCACUUUGCUCGCAUAGCCAAGCCCUUGACAGCACUGGUAAAGCCUAUAGAACGGUUCAAGAAGUUCGAGCUACCAGAGGAGACCCAACAGGCCUUCCACAAGCUCAUCCAGGCCUUCACAUCAGCAGGAGUGCUUCAGCACUUCGACUACCACCUUCCAACAAGGUUGGAGACUGAUGCAAGUGACUUUGCUAUAGCAGGAGUGCUCAAGCAGGAGCAUGAAGGACGAUGGCAUCCAGUGGCCUUCUACUCUAGGAAGAUGUCUUCUGCCGAGAAGAACUAUGAGAUCCAUGAUAAGGAGCUCCUAGCUGUGGUCGCCUGCCUCACUCAGUGGCGACACAUGCUAGCUGGACUACCGAACCAACUGGUCAUCCUCACUGACCAUGAAGCCCUCAAGUACUUCAAGUCACAGAGACGCAUCACAGGUCGACAGGCUCGAUGGGCCAUACUACUAGCAGACUUCGACUUCAUAUUGCAGUAUCGACCAGGAGACAAAGGUGGUGAACCCGAUGCUCUCACCAGAAGGACAGACAUGCAACCAGCUGGUGAAGAGCAGGAUCACAAUGUGAGGCAACUACUGCCUCCUCGAGUGUUCAAGGAGACAGCAGACCAUGACUCGCUCCUAGUGGCCCCCAUGAUCUCGAUGGAGUCCAUAGCAUCAAAAGGUCUCAAAGACCUGGUCAAGAUCUUCCAGCCUUUAGACCAAGAGCUACAGGAGAUACAUAGGAAGAAGCCUUUCGAACUCAAGGAUGACCUAUGGUACAGUGGAGGAAGAUUGGUUAUCCCCAAGGUGAUCAUGCCAGGGAGGACCAACAACCGACACUCAAGGAGUGCCAAAGAGGUAGAUGGACAGUCUCUCUCUGUAGAGCAUCUGCGAUUCAUGGUGAUGACCCAAUGCCAUGAUGGUAUCACUGCUGGACACGUAGGAAGAGAUGCUACCAUCAAGGCAGCUCAACGACAUUACUGGUGGCCAAACAUGACAGCUUGGAUUGCAGACUAUGUAGCAAGUUGUCCUGUAUGUGCUAGGUACAAAGCUCCUCGUCACCGUCCAUAUGGUUUGCUACAGCCACUAGCAACCCCAGACAGGCCCUGGGGCUCCAUAUCCCUCGACUUCAUUGAAGGACUACCACCAUCAAAGAAGUAUGACUCCAAGACCUAUGACUCUAUCCUAGUCAUCGUCGACAGGUUAACCAAGUUUGCCAUACUAGCUCCAACCCAUAAGACAGUCACAGCCAAACAGACUGCAGUAUUGCUAUAUGGACACAUGGUUAGACUCUUCGGAUACCCAGAUCACAUGGUCUCGGACCGAGGCAGGCAGUUCAUAUCAGGAGCAUGGAAGGCAUUUGCAGAGCAAAUGGGUGUGAAGCACUCACUUAGCACGGCCUACCAUCCUCAAACUGAUGGUCAGACAGAGAGAGUCAAUCAGGUCAUAGAGCAAUAUCUCAGGAUGUACUGCAACUAUGAGCAGAAUGACUGGGCCAACCUGCUGGACACUGCGGCCUUUGUAUAUAACAACACGGUCCACAACAGCAUUGGUGUCUCACCAUUCUUUGCAUGCUAUGGAUGGAACCCCAAAGCUCAUCCUGACAUCCCUCAACGACUAGGAGUCAAUGAUCCAGGUCGCUUCGAGUACCUCAUGGAUGGAAAGGAGCGUUGCAAGUACCUCCAGGAGCAGAUCAGAGAGGCACAACGUAGAUCAGUAGACCAGUAUAACAGGAAGCACAAGGACAUCGAGUUUAAGGUGGGUGAUAUGGUCUAUAUCAACCGCCGAAACUGGAAGACACGGAGACCCACACCCAAGUUGGAUACCCGGUUUGCAGGACCCUACCCAGUUCAGGAACGGGUAGGACGCCGAGCUUACCGAAUCACAUUGCCAGCAAACCUUAGGGUGCAUGAUGUGUUCCAUGUCUCCAUGCUCGAGCCAGCAAGAACAAGUUCUCUUCCUCAACGUGCUGAACAGCCCACCAUGCCACCACUUCCAGAUGAGGACCUCGACUUCGAAGUCGAAGCACUCAUCGACAAGCGUUCAAACCAUGGGACUACAGAGUACAAGGUGUUGUGGAGAGGGUACUCAGAAGAAGCUGCUUCAUGGGAACCAGUAGAGAACCUCAACUGUCCCGACCUCAUCCAGGAGUAUGAGGUGUCGGAGGGGGGACGAUGUCAUGGGCCUGGAUGCUCAAGAAGCAGGAGGGUCAUGGGUUCAUAUGGAAGGAGCACAGGUAUCGAAGACCUAGUCGACACCAGUAGAGAGCAUGGUCGUAGUGCAGUCUCCAUGGAGACCAUGGACUCCUAUGGACUCACAUGCGAGGAGGACCAAGCUCAAGGAGCAGGCACAGCCACGAAGAGGACCAAGCUCAAGGAGCAUGCAGAUGGGUACCACUCAGGGGCUCGAGAGACAAGAGCCAAAGGAACUGUCACAGGUCAUGAGGAGGAGGAGCAGUGUCGACAAGAGGCACAGGGGUGCCAAGCAGGAGAGGCCCCUGAGCAGUACUCGAUGAAGAAAGUACUCUCUGGAGAGAGAGAGCAGGAGCAGCAUCGCUGGCGAUGCUGUGAAGAGGUAUAUAACCAUGCUUUCUCAUCAUCAUAG